AUGUUGGAGUCACUUGUGGCUAGUAUACUGAAUCGUUUUCUAAAGAAUUAUGUUUCCAAUCUGAAUUAUGACCAGUUGAAGAUUGGUAUAUGGAACGGUGAGGUCAAUCUGCGUAACCUCAAACUAAGGCGAGACGCUUUGGAUAAGCUCGAUCUUCCUAUCAAUGUAUCAGAAGGUUACUUGGGCGAACUCACGUUGAUCAUUCCAUGGUCCAACUUACGAAACGAACCCGUCAAAGUCAUCAUCGAUCAUGUUUACCUAUUGGCAGAGCCCAAGAACGAAUCGACUGUUACUGUGGAAGAGGAAGAGGAGCGCGCUCAAGAGUUGAAGCGCCGCCGUUUAUCUACUGCUGAAAUGCUGGAAUCACCAGAGGCACAACAAACAGAUCAGAAAAAGGACAGUAGCAAGGGAAGCGAUGGGUUCAUUACUCAACUUACAAACAAAAUUGUGGACAACUUGCAAUUCACCAUGAAGAAUAUCCAUAUCAGAUACGAGGAUAAGGUUUCUGAUCCAGGACAUCCUUUUGCUGCAGGCAUUACGCUCAAGGAAUUGAGUGCUUUAUCAACAGAUGAAGAGUGGGUCCCGAAAUUCAUCAGCGAGCCUACCAAUACGAUCAAUAAGCUCGCCACUCUGGAAUCAUUGUCUGUUUAUUGGAAUACGGAUUCCAAAUCACUUACAGGCAUGCAUCAUGAAGAGGCUGCACAAGUAUACACUGAUCUUAUUCCACAUGCAUCCAACUCGCCCCGAGAACAUCAGUACAUUCUUAAGCCUGUAUCUGGUACUGGAAAGGUGAAAUUGAACAAGAAUUAUGGUGGAGAUAUACCAAAGACAGACGUUACCAUGCUGUUUGAUGAGCUGGCAUUCGGCCUGGACGAUCAUCAAUACAGAGAUGGCAUCCUGAUGAUCGACUUGUUUCAUGCCAACUUGAAAAAACAAAAGUACCUCAAAUUCCACCCGCAAAAAGGGAAAACAGCAAAAUCACAUCCGCGCGAGUUCUUUCAGUUUGCAGGAAGGGCCAUUUUAUCCGAGAUUCAUGAAAAGAACUACAAAUGGACAUGGGAUCACUUUAAAAAACGACGCGAUCAACGACUGCAAUACAUUGAAUGCUACAUUGCAGACAAGAUGAAGAAGGCUACACCCGACCAAUUAAGCGCCCUCCAGCAGCUGGAAUACGAUCUCUCAUUUGAAGACAUUAGGUUCUACAGAAGCAUUGCCAAGUCCAAACUUCGUCGUGAAAAGAUCAGAAUCAACAAGGAAAACGAAAAGAAGAAAGCAGAGAAUGCCAAAGUCGGAUGGUGGGGAUGGCUCAGUGGAGCGACUCCAGCCGCUAACAAGACAGAGGAGGCUACAGAGGAUGAUGCGGGAUCGAUUCAUAUCACAGAGGAGCAAAAGAAGGAGUUGUAUGAUGUGAUUGAAUAUGAUGAAGACAAGGCCACGAUUGCAUCCGCUGUGGAUGUACCCAAAGAUACAAUCAAGUUUAUCAUCAAAACCAAGCUGAAUCGCGGUUCGUUCACUCUAAAGCAGGAUGUCAAGAAACCCACUGAACUGGAUUUACUGUCCAUUGUAUUCGACGCUGUUAGUAUCGAUGUCACUCAAUACCUGGAGUCCAUGAAAGUAGCAGCUGCUCUUGGCGAUUUGCAGUUGUUUGAUGGUUCCACUAAGGAUACCAUUUACCAUCAGUUGAUAGGUGUCAAGAAGAAGAACAACAGAGAUUCCUCUCUCUUGAACAUUGAAAACAACUUGACGGAAAGAGAACGCAGAAAAUCAAGUUCAUUAUUGCAGAUGGCCAAUGCCAAAGAAGCCGAUCCCUUCUUUUCCAUCGUCUUUGAAAAGAAACCUCUCAGCAACAAGGCAGACAAUGCGUUCUCUCUUAAAAUGAGGCAUCUGGAAAUCAUCUACAGUCCCGUCGUCAUUGCUGGUGUUAUGAAAUUCUUCAAGCCGCCCAGCUCCAAGAUGGAGAGUGUCAAUGCGCUGAUUGCUGUGGCUGGAGACACUUUUGAAGGAUUCAAGACACAGACGAGAGCAGGCUUGGAGUUUGCAUUGGAGACACACACAACUCUGGAUUUGAAUGUAGAUAUGGAUGCGCCCAUCAUUAUCAUUCCUGAAAGUCUGACCAGCCAAGAUUCUCCCGUCAUGAUCAUCGAUGCCGGCCAUAUCAAUGUGGACAGCCAAUUAGCUGAUAAAUCAGUGGUCAACGACAUCAAGAACAAGGACAUUCAAAAGUACAGCAAGCAAGAUGCUCAAACACUGGAAGAUCUCAUGUACGACAAGUUUAACUUGCAAUUGAGCCAAACCAAGGUGCUCAUUGGCAGUAACACCAAAGAAUGCUUAUGGCAGCUGCAAGACCAUCCUCCUCGACACGGUGUGGAUGCUCGUUUCAUUGAGCGUAUUGACAUGAACUUUUUGAUUGAACUGUGUAUUCUUCCGGGAAAGACGGAAUUCACCAAAAUCAAGGUGUCUGGCCAAUUGCCAUUGUUGUCCAUUAACCUGUCAGACAGCAAGUACAAGAUCUUGAUGCGUAUUGUUGAUUUUAUUGUGCCCAAAUCUGACGACGACACCACCAAUACAACAUCUCAGGCACAGAAACGGCCUUAUCCAUUGCAAGACAACACGCGUACAAGCACGGGCAACAUUAUUACUGAGCGGUAUUGGGGUUCGCGCGAUGACCAUGCACUCUUGUUGGAUGACAGUGGCAGCGAGAUGACGUCCAUUGGCAGUCGAUCUGAUACACCCACUACAGCAACCACAGCAAGCAUUGCAUCCAGUGAAGUAGAGCAGUUCAAAUUGACGUUCCAAGUGGACAAAGUAUCUGCGUCUAUUCAUGAAACGUCUGCUGUGGAUGCUACCAAAGAGACCUUGCUCUGCGAGAUUUUGUUAGAGAGCUUUGAACUGGUUGUCUUGACGCGUCCUGAUGAUUUGCUGGUAGAUGUAUCGCUCAAGGCGUUGAGUGUCGCUGACGAGAUGGAGCAUGGAGGCGAUUUCCAUUACUUGGUGACAUCCGACAUCAUUGAUCGAAAGAACGCUUUUGGAAGAACAAAUGAUAAGAACUUGGUCAAUGUCAAGUACCGAAAGGCGUCCAGAGAUCAUCCUCGUUUCCAAGAUGUGUAUCAAGGCUAUGAUCAAACUGUAGAUGUGGUGCUGUCUACCCUGACUGUGGUUGUCACAAGAAAGUCGCUGCUUAGGAUUUACAAUUGGAUCAUGAACACAUUCACCGCACCACCUACAGCUACUGUGGAUGAUAAGGCGGGCAAACAAGUCUUUGAAGGCGAUGUCUUUUAUGACGAUGCCUCUAGUCUGGACCACUAUUCCAUACUAUCUGACUCUUUGCACCUGCCAAGAAUGCCCAUCAAGCCUACAGCAGCCGACGCUUCAGACAACAACAGCAACAGCAAUAGUAACCGGAUGAAGGUAGCUAUUCACAUGGACAGUGUCAACCUGAUCUUAAACAAGGAAGGUAAGCGACUGGGCACCGGUGAACUCAGUUUUGGCGAUAUCAUCAUCAUGCUCGAGCCCAACACCAUUGAAGUGGAUGGAAAGUUUGGCAACUUUACCUUGUCUGAUGAUAGCAGCAUGGUCAACACAGGCAACAACGACUCUGUCCAGACAUUCAGCUCAGCCUCUGUCUCCGAGACCUAUAUUAUCAGCAUUGUGGGCGACGAACUGGCUGACUUUACCUACAAGACCUACAAUCCCAAGGCUGCAGACUAUCCCGGUUACAAUCAAAAGUUUGACCUCAAGAUGGGCGCCAUUCAUCUGUUGGUCACUGAAUCCGUCAAACCCACAUUGAACUUUUUGCAAGAGUUUUUAGAGAUGAAAAACGUCUAUGAUGCAGCCAGAAAUGCAGCAGUGGAGACUGCUCAGCAAAUCCAAGAAGGCAGCGGCACCAAUCGCUUCCACUUUGAUAUCAAGAUCAAGAGUCCUGUGCUGGUGUUUCCUGUGGGAGACAACAAAAAGACAGAUACCUUGAUUGCCAAUCUGGGUGAAAUCAGAGCCAAUAAUUCGUUUAUUGAAGUGCACAGAAGGGACCUGCAGAAUGUGCCGCAAUCUGUCAUGGUGCCUGUAACACACAUCAACUGUGGUCUGUACGAUAUCAGUCUGUAUUCGACUGCUGUGACCUAUGAUCCAGCUGGCAAUGCAAAGAGCCAUGUGCUUCCCAUCAUUGAUAACUUGAACAUUGUGUUUGAUAUCGAGAAUCCUGAAGAUCCCAACGAAGCUGUGGGUCCUGGGUCCCAAAUCCUGGGCAACAUAUCCGAUGUUCGCAUGGCAUUGACUGAAAGACAGUACAAGUCGUUGCUGGAGACAUGGGAGUUUAUUCAGAAAGAGUUCCUGGCUGCUGCACCACCCAAUUCCGCAAACAAUACCACAGAAGAAACACUUGCGGACAACUAUGCUGCUCUUUCCAAUGCCUCCUCUCAACUGUCCAUUGCAUCACCUCAAGCCGAUGUGCCUAGCAUCAAACAAGUGGCCAACAAGAUUAACCUGGACCUGGUCAUCAAACUGAACACAGUCUAUCUGGAACUGCUUAGUGGCCAAGAUUCAGAGAUGGAAGACAAGGAAAAGCACAUGUUGUCUCGACUGGCGUUUGAUGGCAUCUGCAUGAAAUUACAAAACAUGUCCAACGAGUCCAUGCUCAUGGAAGUCGGCAUUCAGUCCGUCAGUUUUGCCGACACACGAUCACAGAGUAAAUCUAAAUUUAGAGAGAUUUUGCCUGCCAACACGCUGGAUGGACCUCAAUUCCAGUUCAAGUUGUGGUCUUACAAGGAUCAGGAUGCAACACCUGUCAUGGACAUGAAAAUCACGGUGGACAGCCCCAAGAUUGUCUUGUCGGUGGAUUACUUGUUCCUCCUCAAAGACUUUUUCAUGGGGCCCUUUAUUGUCAUUGAACCCACAGAAGCGCAAAAGUAUGCUCAGUCGUAUGGCCAGGACAAAGACAAAAGGAGCGCCGAUAUCAAGCAGUUGCAAUCACAGAGCCAGGCACCACCUACCGUGAUGAAAUACAAUAUCAACGUUAUUGACCUCCGUGUACUGUGUCUUGCGAAUCCCGAGAACGCUGCCUCUGAAGCUGUCAUCUUGUCUUUUAACCAGCUUAGUGUCAUUCAACAAGCCAACUUGGAAGUACAUUUGGAUGGCAUUGGCAUGGUGUUGUGUCGCAUGGACAAUAUCGUUGAAUCUACCAUGCAUUUUGUGGAGGAGUUCAAUGUCUUGUUGAGCAUGGAAACAGCAGCUACAAGCACAGUGCAUCAUCUCACUACCAUCAAACUCAAAGUAGAACCUAUUAUCUUGCGCUUGUCUUACCAAGAUGCCAUGUUGAUUUCAAACAUUGCCAACAAGGUAAUUGCAUUGAUGGGAUCACCAGAUCAAAGCACAGCGCCCAAACCUGCCUCGCCCGACUCCACGUCUGAUAUUGAGUCUAUAACAUCGGAUGCCUUGUUGCUGGGAGACCAAAAUGAACAGUAUUUGCAUGCGCCUGAACCCAGUGCUACGCAGAACUAUGUAGAAGAGCCAAAGGGUAUCGAGCCUUUUAUUGUCAUGUCAAAGGAAUCGUUGUCGGCUUCGUUUGAUGGCAUUCAAAUCAUUCUGAUUGAAGAUUUGCACGACCUUCCCUUUGUAGAUGUUCAAAUCAACCCGUUCGCCAUUGUCGCUUCAGACUGGACUCGCGCACUAAAAGCAGAUGUUGACUUUUUGCUCAAGGCAAACAACUUUAAUUUUAAAAAUUCACAUUGGGAGCCCAUCAUUGAGCCUUGGAACUUUUGUAUCAAGGUGUCUCAAGAUGCCACAGACAAAUCUACCAAUGUAGCACUUCAGUCAGAGAAUUUACUGUACCUCAACAUCACGCAUACCUUUUUGGAGAGUCUCAUGUCUGUGUCCGAGACACUUUCUCAAACCAAGCCCCUGGCUCAAACGGCUCAAACACAGGUCAGACCCUAUCUCAUUCGAAACUUUACUGGCCAUGAUCUUCGCUUCUGGAACAUGUCUGAUGAUGUAGAAAAGAGUGAUAAUCGCGUGUUCAAGUUGAAGCAAGGCGAGACAUUGCCAUGGACCUUCAGGGACUGGAAGAAGCGCAGAGAGAGAGUCAAUCUUGGAAAGAAUCUGUUUGGUGUUCAGAUAGAUGCCUUCAAUUGGGAGUCUAUUGUACAUGUGCCUGUGGAUACAGAGAGCGAACGUGCCUAUCGACUGCGACCUGCUGUUAAGGAAAUUGAUCACCGUUUGAUUGUGGACAUUCACUUGGAAAACCACAUCAAGACUGUGACAUUUAGAAGUGGCCUUGUCUUGCAAAACAACUCUACGGAAGAGAUGCAGAUGGUCAUGGUCAACAAAAAGCGACGUAUGCUGUCGGAUGUCGUGCAUCUCAAGCCCUACGAGAUAUUCAAUGUGCCUAUCGAGUUGUCGUACGAUAAAUGGGUUGUGAUUCGACCCUCUGAUAAGUACCACUGGAGCACGCAAAUGCUCAUGUGGUCUGAUGUGAUGCUGCCCAAAGCGCCCAAAUCUGUCGAAUGUUUGCCUCUGGAGAACAAUAGCAGCACAGAACAACUCAUGCCCUAUGAAUACCAAAUUAAUGUGGAGUGUGACAAAAAGAACCCACUGGUCAAGCAGUAUCCCUUCCUCAAGGUGCAAUUCUGUCCUCCUAUUCAAGUGGAAAACCUGCUGCCAUUCGACUUUGAUAUCACCUUGACCAACGAAAUGACGGGUGACAAGAUGCACGCUUUUGUAGAAAAGGGCAAGACAGCCAACCUGUACAAUAUGAAGCCCAACACCAAACUGAUCAUUCAACUCGACCUGAAAUCCGACCGAUACAAGUGCAGUAAUACAUCUGCCAUCAAUACCACGCCCAACUACAACUCCAUUGGGGAAAAGAUCACGAUUGUCGAUCAUAAUAAUGUACCGACUAAUGUCAAGAUGAACAUUUUGAGAUCAUCCAGUACCACUGAUGCCCUGCAUGUCAGUAUUUAUGCACCAUAUCUCAUCUUGAACAAGACCGAACUACCCAUCUGCUUGAGACAGCGUCAAGGCUAUCGUCAAGGGCGUUUACCCACCGAAGAGAUUCCCGCUUACAGGCAAGGCGACAUCUUGGAGCCCAUCAUUUUCUCGUACCCAGACAUUGACCACAAGAACCGUGCCCAGAUCUCCAUCAACGACUCCAAGUGGAGUGAGCCCAUCAGUUUUGAAGCCGUGGGUAAUAGUCAAGAUGUCACCUUGUUAUCUAAACAAGAUGCUUAUGCAAGACACGCUGGUAUCAAGGUAGAAGAAGGCACAGGCAUCCUCAGACUGACCAAACUGGUAACAAUCACACCUCGCUACAUCAUCAAGAACAACAUGGACAUUGCCCUCAAGUAUUGCGAAUUUGGCGAUGACGAAGAAACCCGUAUUGGUCCAGGUCAAAAGAUGCCCUUGUAUCAAACCACCAAAUCAAGCGUACGAUGGAUGUGUCUUCAAUUGCAGGAACUGGACGGCAAAUGGUCCUCUCCAUUUGACAUUCAAGAAAUUGGUAAAACAUACGUCAAGGUUGACAAGGGCGAUAAUACCAUUCCUUACCUCGUACGCGUCUCUGUCCACAUCAAGGACUCCACCAUCUUUAUCACCUUCAAUCAAGACCAUAAGUGGCCCUAUUAUAUUGUCAAUCGAUCCAGAAUGCCAGUACGCUUCAGACAAGAACCCAUUGAUUUUGAGGAAUACGGCCUGAAAGACAGACAAAAGAAGGCGUUCCAGGAGCCACGUACAUUCACCUUGCAACCCGACAGUACAUUUAGAUACUCCUGGGAUAUCCCUAUUGCCAAAGAGAAGCGACUGGAGUUGCUGGUAGGCAACCGUCAUCGCAGUAUCAACUUUCAAGCCAUUGGUGCUCAGGUGCCUUUCCGUUACAUGAAGCAUCGCGAUGGAGGUCUUGAAAACAACACGCUCUCUAUAGAUGUGAUUGCAGAUGACUCGGCUUUGGUGCUGAAAUUGACUGAUUUUGAUCUCUCCAAGAGUUUGUACCGUCCUAAAUCGUCAGGCACAUCGACGUUGGCUUCCACGUCAAGAGAAGGAAGUGUACGAGAUGCGUUUGAAACAGUGACCAUUCAGCAUGUUGUGAAUUACGUCUUGGAAUUGAAUUUGGCUGGUUUUGGUAUUUCGUUAAUCAAUAGGCAUGCUCAGGAAAUGGCUUUUGCUAGUAUCAAGGGUGUGGAUUUCAAGUAUACGGAUUCCAACAUGUAUCAGUCUGUAAGAUUGGCUUUGCAGUGGCUUCAGAUCGAUAAUCAGUUGUACAACUCAACAUAUCCUAUUCUUUGCUAUCCUACCACGCUCCCUAAAGUGUCGGGUGAGUUAUCAACACAUCCUACACUUCACAUUGCCCUGGAUAAAGUUAAAGAUGACAGACAUGGUGUGCUCUACUUUAAACUCUUUUCUGUGCUCCUGCAAGAAAUGACGUUUGAGAUUGACGAGGACUUUUUAUAUGCUAUGCUAGAUUUUGCUCAGUUCGAUAGUGGAUCCAAAAAGGCAGAUGACGAGCCUGAUUUGUAUAUCAUGACGAUAGAGGAGCCUGUAGUCGAAAAGGCAGAGGCAUUAUACUACUUUGAAGAGUUCUGUAUUCAGCCUAUGCGAUUGAAUCUCUCGUUUGUAAGAACCGAGAAACUGGAUGACAGUGAUGCAAGCUCCUCUGCAAAAAGCUCUGCCAUGGGCUAUGUCUUUAAUGUGUUCACCAUGACAUUAGGCAACAUCAAUGACGCACCUGUCAAACUGAACGCCUUGAUUGUAGACAACCUGCGUGCCAGUUCCGAAGAUUUAACAGCUCGUAUCAUACUCCAUUACCGUGAACAAGUCAUUUAUCAGAUUCAUCGCGUUUUGGGUAGUAUUGAUAUCCUCGGUAAUCCAGUGGGUUUAUUCAACACACUCAGUUCUGGCUUUGGUGAGCUCUUUUAUGAGCCUUAUCAAGGUUUCAUCAUGAGUGAUCGACCUCAAGAUUUGGGUAUUGGUAUUGCCAAAGGUGUGGGUGGAUUCAUGAAGAAGGGCGUAUUCGGCAUCAGCGAUAGUCUGAGCCGGUUUUCGGGCAGUUUGGGUAAAGGUGUUUCUGCUGCUACCAUGGAUAAAAAAUUUCAAGAUAGAAGACGUAUGAACAUGACACGCAACAAACCUACACAUGCCAUCUACGGUGUUACGCAAGGUGUGGGCUACUUUGGAACCAGUGUGGCAAGUGGGUUUGCUGGCCUUGUUAAACGGCCUAUUGAAGGUGCUGAAUCAGGUGGUGUUGUAGGCUUUGUUGGCGGCGUAGGCAAAGGCCUUGUUGGCGCAUUCACAAAGCCCAUGGUGGGUUUCUUGGACAUGGCUAGUAACAUUACCGCAGGCAUUCGCGAAACAACCACUGUCUUUGAGGGAGGCGAUAUCAAUCGAGAAAGACUUCCCAGAUGCACUGGCAAAGAUGGCAUUGUCACUACUUAUUCUCAAAGAGAGGCAUUGGGUCAAAUGUGGUUGAAAGAGAUGGAGAGCGGCAAAUUCUUUAAUGAAGUCUACAUUGCUCACAGCGUGGUUGACAAUGAUGAGGUGGUGGCUAUUCUGACAUACACUCGUAUCCUGGUUGUUCAAUCAGACAACUUGAAGCUAGAUUAUGCCAUCUCUUUAGACACAAUUCGCAAUGUGGAGUCUGGAGACAAUGGUGUCUAUCUAGAACUGAGAAAAGCGCCUACGCGUGUUUUGACCAUUGAGGAGCCAACAAGUCGAGAGUGGUUUGCAAAGAAUAUCAAACGAGUAUUGACUCAAAGAGAAGAAGAGAGAAAGAGACAAUAA